AUGGUAAUGGACAACCGAAUGGAAUGUACGAAUGAAACAAACAAAAAUGAUCCAAACUCGAUUUUCAUAACAAACCUUCAACAUGGGGAAACCGUUAAUUAUUCUCUUGUGCUAAUAAAGGGAAUCAUAACUUACGGUGCUUGUAAUAAUUAUGAGAAAAUAAAAUGUACCACUAAGAGCAGCAAACUAAAAACGGAUUCAUAUUGGGAUGUAUAUAAUCGCGAAUUCAAAGUGCUCGUUGAACUGGAAAGAGGUGACAACGUUAUCGACUUAGAAUUUUCAGGGCUACACAAAACAAAUAUAAUACUACGCUACGAACCUCGCAAAACCAAUUUACGAGUUACACCAGUGUAUAUAAUUUGUCAAGGUCACGAUGGAUGUUUUCAAUGUCCACCUGAAAUCAAUAACUCUGUGGAGAGCGCGUGUGCUCGCAUCGCGAUUGGCUCAAAGAUCAUACAAAGUGUCACCGCUGAAAAGCUCUACGAGAGCGGCGUCGGAAGGAAAACUUUUCAACUCGAACACGAAGUGGACAGCAAAAGACCAGAAUGCAUAGUUUAUAGAAGUUCCUUAAACGUAAACAAGGCGCGUAAAAUGAAACAGGACGAAUUGUGGACACAUUUCGGCAGAGAGCUUAUGUUAUCCGAUCUAGGAAGUAACGAGAGAAAAUUUUUAGGAUUUAUUUCGUGUACGAGAUUCAAAGGAACCGAUAAUGACAAGCCUCUUAUGCAUGACGAAAUUGUUUCUUACACUGAGGCCUAUGCAGCGCUAGGAGGUGGAGGAUUAGCUUUAUUUGGAACAGCGUGCUUGUAUACAUGGCCUUCAUCUAUUGCAGAAAUUAUACCAAAGUUUUUAGACUCUACACCUGUUAAUAAUAAGAGAUUUAUGGACGACAGCGGAUAUAGAGGGACUCUAGGCGGAUGUUUUGCAACCACAUUGGGGUCUGUUUUUCACGAGUUAGGGCACACGUUCGAUUUAGGCCACACAAAGGACGGAAUAAUGGGACGAGGAUUCGACAAUAUAGAUCGUGUUUUCUUAGUAGGAGAGAAAAGAUCAGCCAUUACAAAGGAUAAUAUGAAUAACAUAAAUGGAAAACCAGUACAGCAUUCAACCGUUUCUUUACAGCGCAAUAUAAACGUGACCAUGAAUGUGGCGGAACCUUUAAGAAUAUUAGGACCGAGAAGUAAAACGACCCUCGGAAAUUUUGUCUCUAUGUCUAAAUCGGAUAUAGUUCGUCGAAGCCCUAACGUUACUCCAAUUACAAGACCGUCUAGCGUAUAUUCUACGAUAACAAAUAGGAUGUCCGAUUCUAAGAAAAACGCUAACCGUUCAAACGGAAAUGACUCCGUCUAUUGGACGAGAAAUUGUGCAGUCCUGCUGUCAUACCAUCGCUGGUUCAAUAACGAGUUCGGCAGGGAACGGCAAGCUAUAACUCGUUACCUUAAAUUUGAUAAGAAUAAAAUGAUGAUUUUAUCCACGGCGGGUUUAAGAAUUGUUGAAGUUAGAGACGAAUCCAAUGGCAUGGUUAUUGAUUCAUACGAGUUUACCAAUGUUCUGCCAGAAAAGAGAUUUCUGUUGCCCUUCACUUUUUCACCAAAGAGUAAAGUGCUGGCGAUUGUGGUCGAAGAUGAUUUAGGCAAUGUAUUAAAACAAACGUUUACGUAUUAA